GUGACAUCAAAUCCACACAGCUGGAAGCAACUCCCUUCCCUACCUUGUAAUUACACUGAGCCUGAAGGCAGAAUAAAGUUCCUGGCAUAAGGAAAAUACAACAUACAAGAAGUCAGCUUGCAGUGAGGAUGUUUUUCCAGAAAAAAGACCAAUCGGAAAUAAUUUAUUUACUGGUAAAAGCCUGAGAAGAGGAACCUUGGCAGCUGAUCAUUGGUCAAAAAGAUACAGGCCAAAGAAGAACAUGACUUCAGUUGGGGUGCAGAUGAUGGGUUACUUCAUGGCAGUCUUGGGUUUAAUUGGCACGAUCAUUGCUACACUACUACCUGACUGGAAGGUUAGUUCAUAUGUUGGUGCCAGUAUUGUGACAGCUGUUGGCUUUAGUAAAGGGCUGUGGAUGGAAUGUGCUGUUUUUAGCACAGGUAUCACCCAAUGUGAUAUAUAUAAUUCUAUGCUGGGACUGCCACAAGAAACUCAAGCUGCCCAGGCGCUCAUGAUCACAUCAUGUGUACUAUCUUCACUUGCCACAUUGUUUACAGUUUUUGGCAUGAAAUGUACUAUUUUUAACCAAGACAAUCCUGGUAAAGAUAAGUUGGCAGUGACUGGUGGUGUUGUCUUUAUCCUGGGUGGCAUUAUCUGUCUGGUGCCUAUAUGCUGGAACUUGCACACUAUCCUUCAAGACUUUUACAACCCAUUGCUUCCUGAUGCCCAGAGGUAUGAGCUUGGAUCUGCCCUCUAUCUUGGUAUUGUAUCUUCCAUAUUUUCUGUGCUGGGUGGUUCAAUUCUCUGUGCCUCUUGCCCACCCAAGGAACCUGAACACAAUUUUUACAGUAGAUAUCAGAGCAGAGCUCUUAUAACAGAUAAAGGACAAAAAGCUGCCAGCAUGACACAGACUUCUAAGAGAGAGACAAACGGCUACAGUCUUACAGGCUAUGUAUAAAUGAAGAAAGAUGAGACAAAUAACAGUUCUCUUGGUUGGUAUUAAUUGUUUACGUAUCAUUCUACAUUGGACUUUGAAUGAGGACUUGCGCAUCAUUAAAAACAACCAAAAUAUAACAACCCAAUAUAAGAAAUAUUACUGUGUCAUUGUUAAAAUUAAUUUUAUUGGUGCAACCUAGGACCGUGUCUAUUGAAAAUCAACCUCACUAUAUUUUGUAAUGGACAUGAAUCAUCCACUACAUAGUUAUAUCAGUCUUGUGCUACUAAUAUCAAACGUGAUUAUAAUACAUAUAUGUGAGAUUAUUUUCAAAAUAAUCAGCCAAAGUUAAAUAUACAGUCAACAUGUCAUUUCUUUAUUUCAUGUGUACCAGUUUAAUACAAAAACUUCAGUUUAAAAAAAAAUAUAUUUAAGAAAUCACAAUAAGUAAUUUUCAAAGCAUUGACUGUCACAGCUGUUUCUAUUUUAUUAUGAGGUGUGUAGAGCAAAUUAGAAUUAUAAUGUCUUAAAGAGCGAUAUAAUAAAAUAAAAGGUGUAUCAUCAAAUCUGUGUAUAUCUGUAAUCUGUCUCCAUUUCUCUUAUAUGUCAAUACAAAAUUCCACAAUACAAAGUUCAACUUUUAUGCAUACUUUUACAUUGCAAUCAUAUCUUAAUCUAUUUCACAGAAAUAAUUACAUAUGAUUCAUUUUAAAAGCAAAAAAUCGUCUGUAUAUAUUACUUGUACAAACCCCUUGCCUGUUUUUUUCAUAUUUAGAUAUUGAUUUAUAUGUGAACA